CGCCAACCAUCCCCAGUCAACUACGACAGCAAAAUUUCAUCAUUUCCCAUCUAGGGGAGACUUCUGGCAUCAGUUCUGGGUCCUUGGAGUGUAUCACUCGUCAGUUUCACGUGGUCCGGUGGCUGACCGCCUUCCUUCCUCUCGGGGAAGUUUGUUGUGGUAGAAUGGCGCGGUUGGCCCAGUCGCGAGAGGCUGCUCAGUCGUCAACGGAGCCUUGGAAUAGGUCUAAGGGUAAGACGUGGACCGGGAGUCCGAUCCGGAGACGCGUGACGAGAAGUCAGAGUCGUGAGUGGGAGGGGUUCAGACCUCAACACGAUGAUGGUGAGGCGUCGGUGGAUGCCGGUCGGAGAAGGUGGGGAGGCCUAGGUAAGGGUCGUGUGGGCGGAGAGGGUUUGGAUGUCGUCGUCGAGGAAUCUCCCCUUCGAUCGGCGAGACCUGGCCAGUAUGCAAACCAGGUCAUUCCAGAGACUCCAGAAGAGGAGGUCAAUAUCUCGGGCACCACCAUCCUUCCCUCGGAACCAGACAAUGAUCUAGAUCCUGAUAUCAUGGUGGAGGCUCUCCCAGACUUGGAGCGUGCGGCUGCCAAUGUCCUGGACUUUCUCGUCCCCGGGUCCGCCGACCCUGUGAGCGUAAUCAGUACCGCGAAGAAGUUGGGAGACCCUGCCAGCACGCAAAGCAGACGCCUGCAGCGGUCCGUGACCAACCUGAACCAUGAGGCAAAGUACUUUGGUCAAACCUCCCCUUCGAACUACCUCGAUGUGGAGCGGAUUGCGAAGGUCAGUGGGCUUGAAGACAGCGGGAAGCUUAUUCUACACAAAGCCAAUUGUGCUCGCUUUGCGUUGCGAGUACUCCUGGCUAGACCUGGUACCAACAUAUCCCCAGAGCAGGCAAUCUCGGGAAUCCAAGGAAAAUUUCCUCUGCCUUUCAUGACAAACCUGGUCGAAAAGGAUGUACAGAAAUCUGUCGACGAAAGCUACCUCGACAAAGAUACUUUCGAGCUGGGUCUGGAAAUCCGUACCCAGUAUGUCAUAAUGCAGAUCGAAGCACACCAAAAUGACGAGGACUUUGACCCAGUUGAGAUACUGACAAGUGGCUUCUUCUUGGAUCUGCCCAAGGGUGCGCCCGAGGAUGCUGAACGUCGACUCCGCGGCUUUAAUCUGGAGAGGUUCACUGGCCUCAGGCAGGAGCUUCCCUCUAGAUAUCGAAGUGAUGUGGAGGAUCGAUACCACGAUAUGCGUGUGGUUCUAGAAGUAGACGGUACCCUGGAGGCCCUCAAGGGUGACUACCGCUGGCAGAAAUUUGUUAUGCAGGCUGCCCGAUGGAUUCGCAAGAGGACGGAUGAGAUCAACAAUGACCUGAAAGACACCCAUGACAUUUACUCCAGGUCAAAGCCUCGCCUCAGCCUGGGCAACACCAUUGCCUUUUCUACGCCUAGCAGCCAGCGGAGUGAUAAUCGUUUGUCUACCGUUGAGAAGCCUACGCGGAGGACUGCUCUAUCGGAUGGUCAAGGCGCGUUACAACCUUUAGUCCGAGCAACCUCCGUGAGCUCUCAAAGGGCCGCAACUCCUGCGCCUGCCCCCAACACUGAUGCUAUUCCAGACACCGUCGAACAAGAAACCGCCAUGCCAAGGGCCGCUUCUGUGACCCACAAUGAUUUGCCCACUACUGAUACAAGGGUGGCGUCUUCUGAGAAUAGGGAGCAAGUCAGAGAUCGAAGGAAGUCUAGACCCUCCUUUCUGAAUAAAGCAGCAAUCAACCGAGUCAUGCAACGGCAGCAGCAACUCCGGGGCUCGACUGAAACGACCCGUGCUCAUCGGCAAUCGGACUUCAUCAGACCAAACCUGUCUGUGGCACAGCAGUCUGCCACUGACAGGCGACAAACCGUAUCUGCAAUCCCACCACGGCAGAGCUCGGGAUCUGCGCAGCCCCACGAGUCUUUCGACGCCUCUCGUACGCUUGUGAAUGACGACACCCACGUGAACGAUGACACCGAGGUGUAUGAGGAGACUGAGUUACACGACGAGACUCAGGUGGAUGACACCGAGGUCUACGAGGAGAACCGGUUGAACGACAACUCCACGGCAAUCGAUGAGACGGAGAUUACCGUGAACGAUGAACCCCUUGAUAUCAGUCAGCAUACCGAGAGUCACCCCGAGAGGUCUCACAGUCCUCCAAUGAAUAGGUCUGCUUCGAGACCCCGCCAUGCACCUACUUCUAUGCUGGCCCCGCCUUCGGCGAAUAACCUCUCGCUUCCCUCAAGCAGGGAUGUGUGGAACAUGGCAAAGACUCAAAUGCGGCCUCGUCCGGGUACUACACGCCCUGCAUUCAUCGACCGACAAGAGAAUGCGGUGCGAGUAUCCCCUGUCAGCCAGGCGUCGGACGCCAGAAGUGUUGAACGGAGGCCUCGUGGGCGACCUCCAAAACGCAGACGUGAGGCUAGUAGCUCUUCGGAAAGCGACGAGGAGUUUGAAACCCACGAUCGCGAAGUAGACACCGAGCGCCGGCGUGCCGACAAGCCCGUGCAGACGCGGCGAAGUAAGCGUGCGAGGGUAGACAAUGGUCGCGAAGACACCCCGGAAGGUGCCGAAGAUCAGCGUCGGCAGGGCUCGCAAGGUGCUCGAUCUCCAGCCCGCACGCAGGCUGAGUCUCCUCAAACAGACAACCGAGAGACCGCAUCACCGGCACCCAAGCGUAAAACCGUUUCUGGCCGUGGCCGACAAUCGAGGGGCUGGUCAGAGGCCGAGGAUGCCCGACUGGUGCGCCUCAUCGAAGAACACGGCAUUUCAUGGGCAAGAAUCGAGAACGAGAACCUUGUCCAGCCCGAGAAGGACGGCGAAACCCGGAUUAGAGAUCGGAACCAGGUGCAGUUGAAAGACCGUGCACGGAACCUGAAGAUUAAGUUUUAUCGUAGGGAGGGACUACCAAUCCCCAGGAAUUUUGGUGGCGUGACCAUGAAAAGGGGGGAUUGCGAGAGACUUGAGAACCUCGGGAUCGAUUUAUCUCGCGAACGAUGA